AUGUUUAAGGCAACAAUUUCAAGCAUCAUAGCUCUAGUCACUUCUAUUUCUUUCAUCUUUUUCUCAACCACUCAAAAAUCUCUCUACCACUCCUUGUUUAUAUCUGAUUCCCUGUCAGACAAUGCAUCAAUAUCAAAUCACCUGUACAUGCUUACUCGACGGCCCCACGUCGCCGGCACAGAAGCCAACGCCGAAGCAGCCGACUAUGUUCUGUCCACUCUCACUUCCUACAACAUUCGAUCACAUAUAGCAUCUUAUUAUACUGCCUUGACUUACCCAGUAUCUCGUUCUUUGACACUAAUACGGGUUCCUCCGGACCCACCUAUCGAAUUUAAUCUGCGCCAGGAGAUUUAUGAUGGAGAUCCAUAUACAGAUGUAGCAAAUGAAGUCUUGCCAACAUUCCAUGCAUAUGCUAAAUCAGGCUCUGUAUCUGGUCCUGUGGUGUAUGUAAAUUAUGGACGGGUAGAAGACUACAUGACAUUGAAAGAAAUGGGAGUGAAUGUUUCAGGUACCCUUGCUUUGGCAAGGUAUGGAAAGAUAUUCAGAGGGGAUAUAGUUGAGAACGCUUAUGCAGCAGGUGCCAUAGGAGUGCUAAUUUUCACAGAUAAGAAGGACUAUGGAGGUGGAGGAGAUACAGAAUGGUUUCCUAAUAAGAAGUGGAUGCCUCCCAGUGGCGUUCAGGUGGGUUCAGUUUAUAAAGAUGCAGGCGAUCCUACCACACCAGGGUGGCCCAGCACUGAAGAAUGUGAGAGAGUUUCAGAUGAUGUAAUAGAGAAGGGAGGUCAUGUUCCCCUAAUACCUUCAUUGCCCAUUUCUUGGGCUGAUGGCUAUGAAAUUAUUAGGUCCCUUGGUGGACAAGUGGCAAAUGAUGAUUGGCAAGGAGGAAAAGAAGCCCCUGUUUACAGGGUUGGACCAGGACCAGGAAUUGUGAACUUGAGUUACACGGGAAAACAAGUCAUAAGCACAAUCCAGAAUGUCAUUGGCAUUAUUGAAGGAGCUGAAGAACCUGAUAGAUAUGUCAUUUUGGGUAAUCAUCGAGAUGCAUGGACAUUUGGAGCUGUUGAUCCCAACAGUGGCACAGCAACCCUGCUUGAGAUUGCACAAAGGCUGUGGAAGCUGCAGAAAAAAGGGUGGAAACCUAGACGUACAAUUGUAUUCUGCAAUUGGGAUGCUGAGGAGUAUGGGCUGAUAGGAUCGACUGAAUGGGUGGAAGAGAACAGACAAAUGCUGACCUCAAGAGUUGUUGCUUACCUGAAUGUAGAUGUCGCAGUUGCAGGACCUGGGUUUGAUGCCUCUGCAACCCCACAGCUCGAUGAACUACUCAUACAAGCUACUCAACAGGUUCUAGACCCGGAUAACUCAACACAAACUGUCUAUGAUUCAUGGGUUAGAUCUGCAAACAAUCCUGAGAUUGGGAGGCUAGGAGGUGGAGGGUCGGACUAUGCAGCCUUUGUGCAACAUAUAGGCAUUCCAGCAGCUGACAUAUCCUUUGGAGGAGGUUACCCAGUCUACCAUUCAAUGUAUGAUGACUUUGUCUGGAUGAAGAAAUUUGGUGAUCCACUAUUCCAUAGGCAUGUAGCAGUGGCAAGUAUUUGGGGUACAGUAGCACUUCAGCUAGCAGAUCGCGAAAUUUUGCCUUUUAACUAUGUCUCCUAUGCUGACGAGCUUCAGAAAAGUGCAGAAGACUUGAAAGGUGAACUAGUGAACAAGGGCUUAACACUUGCUCCCUUGCUCAAGUCUAUUAAUGAACUCAAAGAAGCAGCCAUUAAAAUAGGUGAUGAGAGAAAGGCGCUAGAAAGAGGCAAAGGUUGGGCUUCAAUAUGGAAAGUUGACAGUCAGAAAGUGAGAGAGUUGAACGACAGGCUCAUGAUGACAGAACGAGCAUUUACUGACAGAGAAGGACUUUCUGGAAGGUCGUGGUAUAAGCAUUUGAUCUAUGCACCAGCAAAGCACAAUGAUUAUGGUUCAAAGCCCUUCCCUGGGAUAGAUGACGCAAUUGAAAAGGCGAAGAGCAUGGAUAUUGCAGACUCAUGGCAUUCUGUACAACAUGAAAUUUGGAGAGUCUCUAGGGCCAUUACACAAGCUUCACUAUGUCUGAAGGGUGAAUUAACAUGA